GAACUAAAGAAAGGAACAUUGUAGGUGGCAGAAUAUCUCUUCCACCCUGAAGGUGAUAGAAUAUCAACCAACUAGUAAAAACUCAAAUAGACCCUUUAGAAUCUGCUUCUGCAUUCUUCGACCUGACUUUGGGGAAGUUUUCAGAAUGAAUUUCCUGCGAAGGCGUCUCUCAGACAGUAGUUUUGUGGCUAACUUGCCAAAUGGUUACAUGAUGGACCUUCAGCGUCCAGAUAAUUCCACCAGCAACCCUGUUUCCCCAGCAACAGAGAGGAGGCAGCAGCCAAUACAGCAACCAACUGCUCUUUCUUCUGGUACCAGCAUAUUCAACUCCAUCUCCAGUGCCAUGAAGCAAACCACACAAGCUGCUACAGGACUCACAGAGCCAUCAGCAACACCUGUCCCUGUAGCCCAACAGAAGCCCCAAAUUCUCUUGAUAAUUGAUGACCCCCACACAGAUUGGCCUAAGUAUUUUCAAGGAAAGAAGGUGAAUGGGGAAUAUGAGAUCCGAGUGGAACAGGCAGAGUUUUCAGAACUCAACUUGGCUGCCUAUUCUACUGCUGGCUGUAUGGUAGACAUGCAGGUCAUCAGGAACGGCACAAAAGUGGUCAGAUCUUUCAAGCCUGAUUUUGUUCUCAUCCGUCAGCAUGCUUACAGCAUGGCCUUAGGAGAAGACUUUCGCAGCCUUAUCAUUGGCCUGCAAUAUGGUGGGGUCCAUAGUGUCAAUUCCCUUUUCUCUAUCUACAAUUUCUGCAGCAAACCCUGGGUGUUCUCUCAACUAAUUAAGAUUGUCAACUCAUUGGGUCCUGAGAAGUUCCCUCUUGUAGAACAAACAUUCUUCCCAAGCCAUAAGCAGAUGAAAUGA